AUGGUGGUCGAGGAGAGUGAGGAGCGUGGUGGCGGCACCUUGAGGCGGAAGGCUGUGAAGGCUGUGAUCUCAAUCUCGGGGAAGCUGGGCAGUGUCGAUGGCGGACCUGGGCUUGGUGGAGAAGCUGGGCAGUGGGAUUGGAGAGAGAGAGAGAGAGAGAGAGAGAAAGUACGUGGUGGAUUUGGGCGUGGGGAGGAGCUGGGCAGUGGCUAUGGAGUUUGA